CUCAUCGACCCCGGUGGUGCCACCUGCAGCAUCACGUCCCGCAGUAUCCCUCUGAAUAACAACCACCAUGUUCACGGACCACGGUCUUGUCUCUCACCCUGGACAUGUACCUUCGGAACUAUCUACAACCCGCUCGCAAAGCCAUCCAAUUGGCAAUUCUUGCGGCUGAUUCCGGCUUCCCUAAUUUGCGGAUUACUGCUCCACGGUUCCCCAUAUACCCGUGUGUAACGUCACCAGCGAUCGCAACCAUCUCAGUCAUAUAUGAAGAGGAUGCUUCAACUGUUAUCUGGCAAAAUGAUCGUCUCCUCUUGACACCCUGGUCACUCGGCCCAUCAAGCAUGUUACCAUGUCCGAGUCUCCAACGCAGCAUCGACACCUGGUACCGGGACCCUCUCCUCGAAUGGAGAGAUCCUCCGGUGAGUCCAUUAUAGAGGAGCGUCGGGGUUCCCUGGAUCCUACCAAGAAGCGCGUGUCUAUGGCAUGCACGGCAUGUAAAAAGUCAAAGCGAAAGUGCUCCGGCUUUCGACCAUGCGACAACUGCCGCGCUUUUGACCGAGAAUGCAUUUUCGACGAGACACUGGAUCAGAGGCGCCGGGUGGCAGCAAGGCGGACGGCUGACGAGCUGAAUUACCACCGCGACCUGUUUAAUGAUCUUCUUAGGGCUCUACGCGCAAAGGACCGGUCGUAUGCUAUCAGAUUGUUAGAUAUAAUACGCCGGGAUGCGACAAACGAAGAGCUACGCACGUAUAUUGACCAGAUACUUGUAAUCGAAACCGGAAAGGUUGAAGAGAGCGAACAGGCUGUCCAUAAACUCGAGGAUAUACGGUCUUCCUUGAGCGAGGGUGCAACGCAGUCAUGGCGGCCCCAAGUUAUGGAUAUUCAUUAUCUGUGCGAUGAAUUACCCUUCCGGGUUCCUGCACAACCGUGGACAAAUGUCACGACAGACUCUGAUCUCGUCUCGCAUCUUGUAUCACUGUACUUCACAUGGGACUAUCCAUCUCACUCCUUCUUGGACCGUGAUGUGUUUCUUAAGCAUAUGGCCCAAGGGAAUUUGAGGUCGGAGUUUUGCAGUCCGUUCCUUGUUAAUGCACUGCUUUCCAACGCAUGUCACUUUUCCAACUACUCGGAAGCCUAUACCAAACCAGGCGAUAUCGUGACCAAAGGAGGUGACUUUCUAGCAGAGGCCGAGCGGUUAAAAGACGAGGAGCCUGCAAAGAUAACGCUGACCUAUCUACAAGGCCUCCUGCUGCUAUAUGAAAAGUACUCUCUGUCUGGAAAGAAUGAUCUCGGAUAUAGAAUGUUACACGAAGCAAUCUGGACUGGACAGAAUCUGGGACUUGUCGGUAACAGAAAGCCUGAAUUCCCGACAGAUAGCAAUUUCUCGGGGGAUAUGGAUGCAUCUCUUAGACAAACUGCCUGGGGUUUGUUCCACAUUGAUACAGUUGUGCACACCGACUUCUUACGGGCCAGUCUGAUAAUGUACGUCUACAAAAAGCGGCCUGACAAACAUGAUCAGACAACAUUCUGGUGGCCAUACCCCACCCACCAAGGGCCGCAGAAGUCGUACCUUGGUGAAUACUUUGACAUGUUGUAUGAUCUGUGCGUGAUCGCGCGGGACAUGUCCCAGAGUCUUUUCAAAAUCGAUAUUCGAAGGCCUUCCGCAGACGAACAGGUCAAGAUUAAAGAUACUUUUUAUGAGAGGCUGCGUCAUUGGGCCGACGGACUGCCUACUACUUUCACUAUUGACUAUGAACCACCGCCAUACAUCCUUAUGCUCAGGAUGCGGUAUCAUACCCUGGUCAUCAAUCUCUUUCUAUAUCACGACGAGGAUGAAAUCUUAGGAACUACCUCGAGGGUCAUGAAGACCCCCGAAAGCCCAACAACUCCCAGUCUCUACAAUAAGCGCAAUGUCACCCAGUCAGCUGCCAGGGCAAUCGCCUCCCUUGCGCGCCGGUACCGGCAAGAUUUUGGUAUGGCUUACGCCCACCAUUUCGCCCUCUACGCGGUUAAUCUGGCCUUAUUCGUGCUGGUGGAGCAGUCCGGCACAUUUGACAUACUUGAUAGUGACUUCCUGUCCCUUGCAACUGCGUACUCUAGUAUAGCGAGUCGAUCCCAUAUAGGACGGAAUAUGUUUCAUCUCUUCCGGCAAAAUGUCCGCGCCAAAUGCCAGGGAAGUCGACUGCGCCACUCGAAUGAAGUAGUUGAAGAGGUCAAGACCCUGUUUGACGAGGAGUGUACCUCGCCGUCGGUUUUCGACGAGUUUGCUGAUGGGUUGGAAAAGUUGGACACAGACGAGCGAUAUCGCGUGCUGGGCGAGCACCGUUUGUCUGACAUGCUUGAUCGAUACGAAACUCUAAGUCUCGGUAAGGACACAGUCGCGCUUGGGAGGUGCUUUGAGGGCCUUGCUCCGGUGUAGGAUAUCAAAUUGCGAUCCAGCUUAGGAGCGGGGAUUAUUUGGGAAGGUCACAAAAUUGCGCGGUCUACGCGCGCGACCGCAACUUGACGAUCCCUGGCGAUUUACUGCGAAAUAAAUUAUGUUUUUCCUUUUACUUACUAAGUGAUACCAUAAGUCGUCACCGCGACCGCGA